AUGGUAGAGCUGAUUCCAAAGAAGAAAAAACGUAAGAGUUCAUCUGCUGACGAGAGGGAAAAACAAACUCCAUUGCUUCAAGAGAAACGUUCUAGCAGCACUUCGGAUCAGUCAAAAGACAAAAAGCUUAAAAAGUCGAAGGAAAAACUAACAGGAACAAAACACGAGAAAACAAAGUCAAAAAAGAAAACUAAAUUUGUAAAUCCAGUUCAGGAAAAGUCAACUGAUACAAGAAGCGAAAGUAACGGGGAUAGGAAUGGAAAAGAUACAAGAUCAUUUAGCGAAAGAUUUAUGGAAGAGCUUGCCAAAGAUACAAGCACUGACAGUAGCAUAACUGAUGGCCUUGUCAUCGAUACAAGUCAUGAGAGUACCUUUGAUGAUUUCAAUGGAGAUGGCAAUAAACUGGAUGCACAUUUAGACGAACCAGGAGAUCAAUCUAAAGUUGAAGCAACAAUGAAAACAUGUGUGAAAGAAUCUAAUGGCAAAAACUUCAGUUCCUUUAAACGAAAGAAAAAAUCCUUGAAAGUGAAAUCAAGCAAAGAUAAUUGUGCUGGUGAAGAUUCGGGCGAGGUGAAGGGAUCUGUUGUGAAGCCGAAGAAGUUUGAACUGGCUUUUGCCUUUAGUAAGAAAAACAAACCAACGAAUGAAAAGAAAACGAAGAAAAUCCAAAAGAAAAGUUCUAAAAUAUCUGGCAAAGAAAAUGAAGCAGAGUGUCAGCGAGAUUGUUUAUCAACAGAAGAAAUGAGCGUUGAAGGAAGCAGUGUGAAGCCUAAUAAUCCAGAGCAAAAACACAGCAAGAAAAACAGCAAAAGCAAGAAAGAGAAACAGACGGUUAGCAAAUUUAAAACUCCGGUGAAAACCAGUUCUAAAGUAACACCUGCAACUAAAGUGUCCAGAGUCGAUAAAAAUAAAAAACCUUCGGAGAAGUCGAAGAAAACACUUGAAGAAAUACUAGAGAUUCCUUCAUCAGAUGAUCCACGCAAAAAUCCUGAGAACUACGUAAGCAUUGAUUCAUUGGAGAAAGACAUGCGCAAUCUAUAUGAAGAGCUUUCCCAAGAAGCAGCUGCUACAAAUCAUCUAACUGAUGAUGAUCUCACUGAAGCUAGUGAUUGUGUCACUAUGGAGUUUCUAGAUCAACAAAUUUCUGGAAAUACAGGAAAUUCUGAAAUUUUUAUGGGACGCAUUACUGACUCUCCUGAAUUUUAA